AUGCUAACUGAAGAUGUUACACAUUGGCAGCAUCUUGAUGUGGAACACGCUGCAAACAUGCGGUCUAGGUUACUCUCUGUGGCCUCUGGCUCAUCAGCCUUGGAGAACAUUGUUCAGCUCGGUUCUGCCGUUGUCGUUAUCUUCGAACACUCUUUCUACAUUUACGACAAGCAGCGCUACCUUCAGGACCAGCAAGAGUCCGUUCGCUCUUUUGAUGUUGCUCUGGAACAGUAUAUUGCAUCUUCGCAUGCAGCCGCUGUCAAGGAAGGUGUGAGCGCUGCCGUCAGAGCAUAUGAAGAACGCGUGAGGACUGCUUCCCACGCACAUCAAGGAAACUUGCCUGCUUGGACGGCAAAGUUACCGUUUGAACGCUUUCAGAGGAAGGCAAAAGCUUUGCGCUCUCAAGCAAAGGCGGACUUCAUGGAGACUAUUCUUGAACUCACUUUAAAUCAUCGUCUGCCGAGACCUUAAUUCUGGGAAAUGCACACAAUGU